GUUCCACGUUUCCCAGUGGAUAUCGAUAGAAUUUUUCCCUUCGCUUCUGCGACUCUACGUAUUAUGUAUACCUACUUCGCGUUGCAACUGCGGUACGGUUUGCCAUCGGGAUUUCAACCUUACGUCCCCAGCAUGAAUUUACCGCAAAAAGAUGAAAUGAAAUAUUUGCGCAGCGAUGGAAACUUGAUGAAUAUUUGUUUCGGUUGUGGCAAGACGUACAAGUGGAGAGACAGUUUGUUAAGGCACCAGAGGGUUGAGUGUGGUAACAAAGAAAAGAAGUUCUGUUGCAAAUUGUGUCCGAAAAAGUUUUAUCAUCAGUACAAGUUGAACGAACAUUAUCAGGGCCGGCACAAGAUACCGAAACCACAUUAAGCUCGAACAACCUCGGUCAUCUUCCUCUCUUCCAUCGAUUCUCCAGAUAUUUUUAUAUCGGUUCGUUGAAAUAUCCUUGGAAAUGCAAAACGGAUGUUCCUCGAGGAUAGAGUACCAUUGUGCAAAAUACUCGAUGAACGAUUAUCGAAUCGUUCGUUUACGUCGACCUAAAUAAUAA